AUGUUGGAAGACAUGAUUCAUCCACCACCGGAACAACAACUUCCCAUUGAGGAUAUACCUAGUCCGAUCAUUGGACCAAAUUUUUAUUUUUCAGACAAUGAUAUUUUCUCAGACGCCCGGCAGAACUCUGAGGUCACUGAUGACAACUCUUCCUAUGGCAAUAAUCUUAACAUGCCACCGGACAUUGAACAACUCAACGGCUACCAAAACAACGGGAACACGAGUUCCGCCACCACCGCCUCCACCAGCACCAGCAACACCGCCACGACCACCACGGAAGCCGCCAACAACAACAAUCUAUCCAUUAUCUUCGAUUCACCUGAUGACAUUUCAGCUUCCAUAGACUUCUCUGAAUCUCCAUCUUUUUCAGUCCAUCCAUUUCUAACCAAUCAAGACCAAUUCGACAUUUCUUUAGUGCAAUCUCAAAUCCAAUUACCUGACGUUUCACAGGAGGGACUCUCGCAGUACACGACCGACACGGUCGGACCGCUAUUAGGACCGCCGCUGUCAUCUGUUUUCGAUGAAGAUUGCUUGUCUUCGGUUCCUUCUUAUUUACCUUUAAACCCUUCAUCUCCUUCUUGCUCUUUCCUUGGCCAUCCAAUGGCUUCAUUCAUGCCUGCUGGCACUACUUCUGGGAUUUUCCCUGACAGAAUUCUUUUGAACUCUGAACUUCAAUCACAUGACUUGGAAUUCCAGGGUGAUAAUGGUGGAAUCUUUUGCAGAGAUUCUGUCCAACGAGUUUUUAAGCCUGGAGUCCUGCAGGGCCUGAGCUCUAAUAAUCAGCAGCUUGUUGGAGUAGCAACAACAAGCUCUGCACCAUUAGCUUCAGAGAUUUCAACUUUGGAAGAUUCAAGUUUCAGUAAGAUUGGAAAACUUUCUGUUGAACAAAGGAAGGAGAAGAUCCAUAGGUACAUGAAGAAAAGGAAUGAAAGGAACUUCAGCAAGAAAAUCAAGUAUGCAUGCCGCAAGACAUUAGCAGAUAGCAGGCCAAGAGUGAGGGGAAGGUUUGCUAAAAAUGAUGAAUUUGGAGAGACACAUAGGCAAGCUUGUAGCAAUCAUGGAGAAGAAUAUGAUGAUGAAGUUGUUGUGAAAGAUGAGGAAGAGAUGUCUGAUACAUUUGCUCACAUAAGUGGAGUUAACUCUUUCAAAUGUAACUUCCCAAUCCAAUCCUGGAUUUAAAUAGUUUUAAACUAUAA